AUGACUCGCAAGCGCCGUAACGGAGGACGUGCCAAGCAUGGACGUGGUCACGUAAAAGCUGUAAGAUGCACCAACUGCGCAAGGUGUGUGCCAAAGGACAAGGCAAUCAAGAAAUUUGUGAUUAGGAAUAUUGUCGAAGCGGCGGCCGUUCGUGAUAUUAACGAAGCUUCCGUUUAUACUUCAUUCCAACUUCCUAAAUUAUAUGCUAAGUUACACUACUGUGUAUCAUGCGCAAUUCACAGUAAAGUGGUUCGUAACAGGUCAAAGAAGGACAGACGUAUCCGUACACCACCCAAGAGCAACUUCCUUCGGGACAUGGCUCGUCCACAAAAUGUACAGCGGAAGUAA